AUCGCUCUGUGUAUAAAUACUGCUCCAGAAUACAGGCUUCUUCAGUCGUUGACUCCAGUGGGAUACAAGCAACAACUAUGAAGAUCUUGAUCGUCUGCCUUUUUGCUGUUGCUGUCGCUGCCAGACCCAGUUGGCACAUCAAGCCUCAGGGUUCGGGAGAUGAUAAGGACGAUGACAAAUGCAAGCAACUGAAGGCCCUGGACUGCGCCCAAGUCAUGGCGCCAUGGAACCACGUCAGGAAGUUGUGUGACGUCCAAGGGAACACCUACGCCAACAGGUGCGAGUUCUUCAAGGCGCAAUGCGACAACCCAGACCUGAAGCUGACGCGUUGCGACCGCCCUGACAAACUGAAGCCCGAUGUCGAGACCUUGGCAGGUUCUGGUGAACCAGAAAAACCAGAAGACAAGUGCGAGGAGGUGAAGGACAUGGACUGCUCUGUCAUCGCACGCUGGAACCACAAGGGAACCUACUGUGACAGCAAGGGUAACAAGUACUCCAACAGAUGCGAGUUCGAAAAAGCCCGCUGCGCCGACCCUGAGCUGACCCCCAAGAAGUGCCGUAUGGUCACCCGUGACCGCCCCAGCAGCCGCGUGGACGAGGAGUGCAAGCAGGCAGAAACAGUGGACUGCUCUCUCUUGAAGGAGCACGUUGUCUGUGACGACAAGGGCAAUGAGUACCCCAACAGAUGCUACCUGUUCCAAGCGUACUGCAAGGACCGCACCUUGCAAAGGGCACAUUGUCCACGCCCAACUGACGAGCCCGGCUCUGGUGACCAGUUUGGAGGAAAACCAGAGAAAGCACAAGGCAAGCCAGACCACGCCGGACGCCCAGACCACGCUCAAGCUGUAGGUCAAGUAGAUAAGCAGGACAAAGCAGAUAAAGCACAAGGCAAGCCUGACCACGCCGGACGCCCAGACCACGCUCAAGCUGUAGGUCAAGUAGAUAAGCAGGACCAAGCAGAUAAAGCACAAGGCAAGCCAGACCACGCCGGACGUCCAAGCCACGCCCAAGGUCAACCCCCUGUCCCUCAGCAAGAUUGAACGAAAACUGAAAGUCAUCUGAUUUGAUUUUCAAUCAGUCAUGAACUGUUUUUCUCUUGCUGUGAUCAAUAAAAGUUCUUGAAACUUAGAAAAUAAAACUUUUGCCUUGUAAUAAUUAUA